AGUCAAGGGUUUAGGUAUCUAAGAUAACUCAUCGCAGGCUCUAGAGACAGACGUCCGAAGUAGUGCACGAUGAGUCUGUUGAAGAUCCCCUUCAUUGUAGCUUCGGCCAUUGGGGUCCAUGUUUCUUUGAAUUCCCCCCCUCGACUGCCGGCAUCUGAAGAGAAGUCGGUACCCUCGGUUCUCUCAGAAUCCUUUGUUAGAUGGUUUGUUGGACUUCGCGGUUUACGGCUGAUGAAGAUCGGCACAUGGGCGGCAUCGUCUGUUGAAGUGGCCAGCAUCCUGGCCAUGCACAUAGAUCCCUCUCAAAUUCCAGAGGGUAUCAAUGGCGCCAGAGCUCUGCAGCUAUUGCGCGCUCUUCACUCCACACCAAUCACGCCCACUUUCCUUGCCAGCAGUCUCGCUGUCACAAUUGGUGGUGUGCUGAGGCUUUAUUGCAUAUCGAUGUUAGGAAAGCAUUGGAGCUUCCAGCUCAGUGUCAGAAAAGAGCAGAGACUUGUGACAAGCGGACCGUACUCUGUCGUCCGCCACCCAAGCUACACUGGUUACCUUCUCCAGUACAUCGGGUUCGUCAUCAUGUACGGGAGCCAAGGGUCAUGGAUGAGGCAGUCUGGGAUUCUACAAGUGCCUUUUAUGAAAGCGUUAGCAGCGAUUGUCUUUUUCAUGUUUACAGCAGGCGCUUUGGUUGCCAUCAGCCGAUCUCCAGUGGAGGACAGGAUGCUGCAGCAUGCUCUGGGAGAAAAAUGGGAGAAUUGGGCGAAGAAAGUGAAAUAUCGAUUGCUUCCUGGGGUUUAUUGA